CUCAGAGUCAAGAGGAUCUGGCGAGGGGGAAGACGUGCCGGAGUGCCGUGUCAUCCCAAGGCCAGUCUACUUUUGACGCCAAGGCUCAGCUAUGUCGCAGGAUGCAGGGGAGAUGAGCGACAUCGCCAUGCCCGUGAAAAGGGCUCACAAAGUCCUACGGAGCGUGGCAAUCUCCAACUCAACGCGAAUCGUGGAGAGACAUGCGUUGAAGGAGGUUAUCGAAGAUACCAACAGACGCUUCUGGGGAUGUGUCAUGCUUCCAAUCACCUUGGCCUUCUUUGCCUUUUACUCCCUUUCAUCCAUCCUGCACGAGGACGUGCCGUCGAAGCAUAUCACCGAAUUUCCAGUGCGGAAUGCCCUGAAUCCUUUGCUGGAUGAAGACGACGAGCCAACCGCAGACAUGCUUGAUGGCCUGACAACGACCAUGGACGUGUGGAACUACCUGGAGAGAGUCUUCAUUCCCUUCUUUUUGCGGGACACAGACGUCUACCAGCGCCCCUUGCCAGAGGACCAACGGGGCACAUACUUGCAGUACAAUCAGGUUCUGGGAGGCAUCAUCCUUACUUUGGAGCGUGGCCUCAAAGAGCAGUGCGAGGAGGCACUUGUAGACCAUCUCACUUGCUUUCCUCAAGACGCCAUCAGUGCCGAUCAGUUUGGCGGCAACAUUUCCGCACUCUACGAGCCGGGGAAAGAUGCUGCCUACUGGUAUUCUGGGAACGAGUCUUUGCUCGAUUGCCCUGAUGAAGGCUUUGUGAUCCCGGAAUGCGUGGACAGUUCCAAUUUCACCGCCAGGCCCAAGCGGUCCAUCAACGUUUGGACCUUGGAUCGCCGGCUGGCACCCCUGCGCCAGGAACUCACUGGAGUGAUGCCCAUUCAGCAGAACUCGUUGACGAAGAUCUUGGAGGGCGACAAAGGCUUCAAGUUCACCCUCCGGGCCAAAGACUCAUCUGCGAAGAAUCAGAAGCGCUUUCAGUACUUGAAGGACAGAGGAUGGCUGGACGAACAAAGCCUAUCUCUGGAAGCCAAGGUGGUGGCUUACAACUAUCAGCUCGACAUCCCCCGCUUGGUGAAAGUGCAGUUCAACUUCUACUUCAGCCGCGGCGGAGGAAUCUACACCAAACAGCUGAUCGAGGUGGCAACGUUGAAGACGUGGCCUCGUCACAACCGAGCACUGCUGCUCUUUGUGGAUAUCGUCUUCUUCUUCAUGUGCUUGGCAUCCUCUGCAUUCAUGGCUAGGGAGUUCUCGAAGGAUAUGAAGGAGGGAAAGUUCCUGGGGCACUUCAACGCCAUCAACACCAUCACUUGGCUCAGUUGUGGUUUUGGCUGGGCUCAUCUCGGGAUGCUCUUCGGACUGGAAGUAUACCGCAAGAUGGUGAUGGCCAGCAUUGAGGAUUACUUUGAUUUCCCCGACACCUUCAGCACACUGGAAGUGAUGCGAUUGUCAGACUCCAUGGCGGAGUUCUCCUCCUACCAGCGGAUUUUCAUUUCCUAUGCUCACAUCCUUUUCAUGGCCAGAUGCUUCUUGUCGUUGCAGUGGCAGCCCCGACUCGCUAUCAUCACCUCCACACUGAAGGUGUCUACGGUUGACCUUCUGCACUUUCUGAUUGUGCUGAUUCCGACAUGGUGUGGCUUUGCCAUUGCCGGCAUGAUCAUGUUUGGGCGCCGGAUGCAGGCUUUCUCAACUCCUCUGAGUGGCUUUGCCAUGUGCCUUCAGCUGGCCAUGGAGGGCGAGUAUGACUGGCAAGGCAUGUCCUCCGAGGACUGGUUCAUCACGCUACUGUGGUGCUGGAUUUACAUGGUGCUGCUUGUCAUGGUCAUGUUGAACAUGGUCUUGGCGAUCAUCAUGGAUGUCUACGCGGAGGUUCGUCGGCAACAAGGUGAAACCAUGUCAAUGUUCCAGCACUGCACCUAUCUCUUCAAACGAGCUUAUUAUCACAAGAUGUGGGUCCCCGACAGAGAGUUGUGGGAACGUGUGGCCGAGAUGCCCGAGACCAUCAUCGUUGACGAUAUUUUGGAGGCGUAUCCUGAUAUGCCAGAAUUUCAGUUAAACUUCCUGUGCGACGCUGCCAGAAACAGGACCAGAGUCAUUCAGCGGGAAGGCAUCGAUCCAACGUGGACGGUGCAGAUGGUGGCGGCCAUUCACAUCAGCCUGGAGGAGAUCAUGGCGGACCUCUCGAAGCUGAAGAAGCGCGGUUGGCUGGGCAAGGGCUUUGAAGUUCCGAAUGAUGACGACAGAAAUUGUGUCAAGGAAAUUCUGGCGGGAGUGGCGGUCCAGAGCAAUUGGAUGUCAGCGGCGCAGAAGCAUGUGUCAUGGCUGCAUGAGCAGAUUGGAGUGGAAGGAACCUCGUCCUUCGACAUGAAGCCAACCGGCCAGGUGGACAUGCCAGUAAUUCGCCCUCGUCAAGGCAAUGACUGAGCCUCCUGUCAGCAGCCGCUGGAAUGGCUGCUGAAGACUAGGUCAGAACUGUGACUUGCUGGAAGAAAUGCUUUAGGAAUUUCACUCGCAAGGACUUGUACUAGCAACAUGCCUGGAGGCAAAGGUGCUCCAGCUCAAACUGGCGUCUUGCUCAAGCAAUUCUUGCCAGGUCUCACCAGGGCAAGCCCAUCUGAAAGAUGAUUGCCCUCUUUGGAUCUACACCGGCGAAUCCCCCAGAGAGAAAAACAAC